GGCAGCAGCGGGAGCCGAGCCGCGGGGAUGAUCCGGGCGUUCUCCUUCCCCGUGAGCCCGGAGCGGGGCCGGCUCCGGGGCUGGCUGGAGGGGAGCCUGGCCGGGCUCUGCGAGCUCCACCUGCUGCGGGAGCGCCAGGAGCGCCGGGUGCGGCAGGCGCUGCGCCUCGGGACCGAGCCCGCCGAGCAGGCGGCCGGGGAGCCCGAGCCGGGCAGCGCCGGGGAGCCGGCCCCCGAGGAGCAGCUGGAUGCGCUGCCCGGGCUGAUGUGGGAACUGGAGCAGCAAGUAGGGGGGCUGCGGCUGUACCCCGAAAAGGCCUGCGGGGAGGCGGCCGAGACGGACAGCUGGCCCAGCUCGGGUUUCUACGAGGGUGCCUCCUCCGCGGUGGCCUCAGACUCGCCGGCCUCUGGCUUCGGGGAUUCUUCCGGCUUCCCCUCCAGCUCCGGCUCCUGCUCCCGCAUCGGCCAGGCCGAGUCGCGUGGCAGCUACGCCAGUGAGCGCCCCAAGUCCGUGGGCGAGGUGGGCAGCAGUGGCAAAGACAGUGCCGGGCGGGGCAUGGUUCCCCGCUCCUACUCGGCCCCCUACUCCAGCUCUCAGGACUACCCCUCCGAGCCGCCCCCGCGCCUCCUGCCCCGGGACAGCCUGGACCCCUUCCUGUACCCCAGUCCCCUUCACGCCGUGGCCAUGCAGAACCCGCUGCUCCGCGGCCGCCUCUAUGACGCCACCCCCUUCUCGCCGGGCCUGGCCUAUGGGGCGGAGCAGGCCGGGGGGCUGGAGGAGUUCGGGGGGCAGGAGCUGCCCUGUUACCCCGAGGCCGCUCACUGCCACAAGGUGGAGAGCUACAUCUCGCGGCUGAUCCGCCGGCGUAGCCAGCUGGCGCGGGGCGGCAAGCCCCGGACUAGCCUCAACGCCGAGCCGCCCGCCAAGGCAGUGGCCCGCCAGAACAGCCUUUGCAAGAGGCCCUCGGAGCUGCUGGCCCCCCAGGCGGACCGCAAGCACCCCCCGGCCAUGGAGCGGGGCAGCAGCACCCCCUCGCCCUGCGGCUACGAGGGCGGGGCCGGCGCCGCCGCCCGGAUCUGGUCGUCCUGGGACGCCGCAGCCGAGAGGACGCUGGCCGGCAAGGGGGCCCCCGAAGGCUACGCCCCCCCCCACUCCAGCCUCAAGAAGCCCCCCAAGCUGCAGGCGCUGGCCCACCUCCGGCCUGCCCUGUCGGUGGAUCACUACGAGGAGGGGACGGACGAGGACGGCACCCACGCCAGGAAUGGCCAGGAACCCCCUCCCUACGAGGAGAGGGGGGGCCGCCCCCCGCUGGCCUGCACCGAGGACGGGGCUUGCCAGAUGGUGAAGGCGCAGUACAUCCCGGCCCAGCAGCCCCCCCGUGCCCAGCAGGCCCACCGAGGGGCCAAAAAGAAGCCCCCUCCCCUCACCAAGGGGCACUCGGUGGAGCUGUCACCAGAGCGGGCCCCGGUGACGCCCAGGGAGAGGCCUCGGGCAGCGGCGAUGCCCAAGAAGUGCCGCUUCACCGAGGAAGGUGGGGAAGGGCCAGGGGGGCGCCGGGCUAGUGCCAGGAAAGGCUCCCCCCGGGGCAAGAAGGCGGCGCGCUCCCAGUCGGAGAACAGCCUCCUGAACAAGCCGGGCGCCUCGGGCACCAAGUACCACACGGUGGAGAGGGACGAGGUGGUGCUCAAGCCGUCCCGGCAGCGCCGCCCCCACCCCGGUGCUGCCGGCUAUCGGAAGUGGCGCUCGACGGCGGAGAUCUGCCAGGAGGAGGUGGGCGCUGGGGAGCCGCGGCGGAGCCGGCGGGCAGGGCGGAGCGGUCCGGGUGCCGCCUCGCCCCCCUGCAAUGUGCUGUAUGGCUACGCCGGGAGCGACUCGGAGUGCUCGGGCGGGCGGGGCGGCGGGGCGCGGCGGGCCCCCGUGUGCCGGCUGGAGGAGGGACUGGCCUAUGGCGACAGCGAGUCCAGCCUGAGCGAGGGCUGCUCGCCCACCUUCAGCACCGGCUCCAGCGACACGGACGAGAGCAGCGGGCUGGUCUGGCCCCAGCAGCUGUCGCCGCAGCUGGUCGCCAGCACGGGGCCCGGCCAGGCCGGCGGGCGGCCCAAGGUUUUUGUCAAGAUCAAGGCCUCGCACGCCCUCAAGAAGAAGAUUAUGCGCUUCCGAUCGGGCUCCCUGAAAGUGAUGACGACGGUGUGAGAUCCUGGGCUGGGGGGGUGUCUAAUCUUCCCCACCCCACCAUUCCCUGGGGGUGCCCCCGACGCACACCCUCUCCAGACUCCUCCACCCCCCCAACCAACCCUGCCCCAUACCGCCCUGGCCUGGGGGGGCACUGACCCACCGCCAUCUCCACCCUCCAGCUUGGGAGAAUCCCCUGACCCAUACCCCUCCAGCCUGAUCCACCACACUCCAUACCCUGUGGCCUUUUGGGGGGGGCUUGACUCACCCCCCCAUCUACCCUACCCGUGUGGGAGUGACCCUCUCCCAACCUGCUCCAACCCCUUCAGGAUUAUCCAGCCACCCCCACUCUCAGCCUGGGAAUGUCGCUUGACCCAACCCCCAGCCUGAUCUACACCCUGACCCGCCCUAGCCUGGGUGUUCCCCUCGACCCCUUAUUCCACCCCCCAGCCUGCCAGCCCCCUGACCCACUCUGGAUCCAUGCACCCCCCUCACCUCAUGCCCCCCACUCCUACUUGUCUUGGGAGGGGCGCGUCAUCCCUCCAUCCCACCCAGCUUUGGGGCCUCUUUGAUCUCCUUUCCCGCCGGUCCAGUUCUCCUCCCAGGGUUGCCAAUUUUGGUUGGAUGUAUUUCAUCCCGUGACAUCAUCUUUAAUUAAAGAUUCAUCUUUAAUUCCUGGAGACUCCAGGACAAUCCUGGAGGGGUGGCAACCCUGUCUCCCAUCAUCCCCAAACCCUUCCCUCUCCGGCCCCAUGAUGCAAACGUCAGGCUGGAAGCGGGUCUGUUCAAGCCCCCAGGUUUUAUUUUUAGCAGAGGUGCAAGAUGCCCCCCCACCAGUCUCCAUGGGCAGGAGGAUGCCAUGAGGGGGUAGGGGCGCUGGCUGCUAGGGGUCAGUGGGUUACAUUGCGGCCGGGCAGCUGGUGCUAAAAUUAAUUGGGGAGGGAAAGGGGUGGGGGAGCUGCAGUCUGCCCUGGCUUCCCUUCACCAUUGUUCGUGAGCACUCACUUCCUGGUGCGAGACCCUCGCUGCCAACCCCACUCCUGUCCCAGGGGAAAUCAUGGCACCGGGAAAACCCUGAUGCCGAGCUGCAGCGGAGACGCUAACGGUGAAACCGGGGCACUAGUGAAAUCGUGGGCCCUGGGGUGACGCCCCCCGCAUGGGGUGGUGAGCUGCGUUUGGGCCGCUAGCCAGGAGAUUGUGACGCUGAUGCGAUGGUGUCUGAAUGGACGAGCUCUUCGGGUCUGUUAAUGGUGACGCUGUGGGCAUUAGUGAGCUUGUGCCAACACCCUAGCGGCUGGCACCGAGCCGUGCCUGGGGCACGAGCACUGUAAUCGUGCCCCACUAGUGUUCAUCGCCUUGCUGGGAUCUGGGCCCCACCAGGCUAUCAGCAGCUUCUGGGUUAGGACAGACCUCUGUCUUUCCCUGCACCCACGGAUCAUGUCCCAGGGCUUCGGCGUGACGGAUUAAGGGUGCAGAGAUCUCAGGGUGGUGGCACCCCCGUCCUCUCCCUUUGGGAGCCUAUGCCUGGGUGCAUGGGCUCUAGCUGCCCCCUGCACAUGCUCCCACCGCUGCAGCUCAUCCGAUACUCUAGGAGCCCCUGAUGAACGUGGCGGGCAGGACGGGGGCGUGAGAUACAGGGGCCUUUCCUCUCGACCUCCCAAGUUCCAGUCCCGCCCAGCUGGGUAACGCUGCCCGGUCUCCGCGUCUGCAAUUAGUUGGUUGGGUCUCAGCUCACACCAGGAGCCCGGGUGCUGCUCGCCGUCCCCCUCCAUAACAGGGGUCCCUCCCGGCCAGGGCUGAGACUGACUCGGCAGCAUUUGGGGUGCAGGUGUGAGGUUCCCCCUGCCCGGGGUUGUGCCCACUCUGGGGCUAGACCAGGAAGGAUCCCUCUCCAAGGGUCACCAUCUCAGCAGCGAUAAAAUUCCCAUCCCCAGUUGUGUGGGUUUCAUCUCUGCCAGGGAGGGGGUGGGAGCCCAGGGCCGGUUACUAAGGAGAUCCAGUCUGUUCCAUUACAUCGCUCCCCUGAAAUAGACACCCGUGCCCGCUACACAGAUAAUUAACGGUGUUAUUCCCCUGCCGCAGACCCCGGCCCCGCUAGCGGGGGAACGGCUGGGCCAGCACUUCCAUGGAGCGACGUUCACCACGUCGCAUGCUUUGUAAAUGAACGUAUUUAUUAUUCUGAUUUUGUAAUGUAACUCCCCUGGAGUCCGCGCUGUACAUAGGUACCUCCCUGGAGUCUGUGGCAAACCCCCCUGCCAGUCUUGUAUUUCUAUAUAUAAUUUCCCUCUCCCCUUCACCCCGUUUUUGUAAAUAAAAAUCAGUGUUAUUUG